ACAUAAGCAAAACAAAUCGCAUUUCAAAUGUCAUUUUAAAUUUAUGUACAUACCUAAGUAAUUAAUAAAUUAAUAUAAAUAGUAAUUACUAGUAAUUUUAAAAUCUUACUGAGAAUUGGAGACAAAAUGACUUAUUAUACUAUGGAAACAUGCGGAGAAGGGACGAACUUUCAAAAAGAAAUAUCGAAUAUGAUGCACGGAUUUGGAGAUAACCCGAACCCUAACGCUGCAACGGUACUUUUAGUAGAAAAUAUUGUUUUGCAACAGCUUAGGAGUAUCCUACAAGAAGGAAUAUUUAAUUCUAACUUGAGAGGAAGUAAAACAAUCACUAACUACGACAUAAUAUACACAAUGCGUAACAAUACUGUAAAAUUAAAACGUUUGCACGAUUACCAGCAAAAACUGGAUCAAAUCGACAACAAAUCACAAGUAAACGUCACAACAUCAGCCGAAACUAUAUACUCUAAUAUUAUACUAGAAGACGAGAAGGAUCCGACAAUGAAAAAAAAGAGAACACAUAUUGAUGUGAUAAAACUAAUAGACGAAGCUGAUGAAGUGAGUCAGAUAAAAUUCGAUGCGAUCGAUUACUUAAGGAAAGUGCGAGCAUCAAAAUUAACAGAGUCAAUGUCUUUUGAAAAGUAUGAAGCUUAUCAUAAGGCUAGAUGUAGUUCUUUCCGUUGCAAUGGCUAUGGAAUCGGUAAGGGCUUUAUAAAAUUAGAAAGGUGGAUCAAUCCAACCAAGGAACUCAAAAUUAGUCACUCGGCAUUGGAAGUAUUGUGUUUUAUUGCUUACGAAACUGUGGCUGAAAUUGUUGAUGCUGUGUAUUUGAUUCGACAAGAUGCCAAAAGAAAACACGGAGACCCUUUUAGUAAAUAUGAAGGUGGAUAUUUCUGUAAUCCCUUAAGCUUAAGUAAUGCUGUUUAUAUAAAGUCAGGUUAUGAAGGAGUGCCUGCAAUAACAGUGGCUGAAGUGAGAGAGGCAUUGCGUCGUUACUUUUGUCCUAUAAAUGGAAUGAAUGGAUUAUUUUAUAGAAAUAUGCAUAUGGACUUACCAGCAAGAUUUAUUGCUUUAUAAAUUACGCUUUGUAAUACCAUUUUGUUUUACCAUGAAAGAUUGUGAGAUCACAUUUAGAUACAAAUGACAAAAUUAAAAUAGAAAAUAUAACAAAAGAAAAAGUGUAUCAGUGAAAUUUAUAAACAAAAAUGUCUUUUCAUUGUUGAAAUUUUAGUUAGGAUUUAGAUAAAUGUCACUAUUACCUGUUAUAAAAUAAUAUAGUGUUAUUUAACUAUUACUACAUAAUUAAUUAUCGCUGGAUUUAAUGUGGUAUUAGCAAAAUAAAGAUUAUGGUUUGAUAAUGCAUUGUAAAACUAUGUCAUUAAAGUUGUCAAAAGAUUUAACUACUGCUGUAACUAAAACAAGACAUAUUUAUACAUGAAUUUUUAUUGAUUAAGAUCUUAACAAAAUCCUUAUAAGUACACCCCACUCUAAUGGCUAGCAUAAACUGAAAUUUUAAUUGUCAUAGUUGUAAAGAAUUUUAUUUAAAAAUGAUGUUGAAACAUUUAAAGUUAUAAACUGUUGAUCCAGACUAGAAAUAAUACACUAAACCGUGCUGUACACUUUCUAUAUUAAUUUUUACAGAUUGGGAAGGUUUGUAUAUUUUAAAAAUUUCCACAAAUUACUAACUACAUGUUUU